ACAACCUUGUUGUACACUAGUCUCACGAGCACGACGUUUCAUAAAACUAUUGAGAUAUUAUAUUCAUUUGAUUCACACCCUUUUGAUUUUCUGAUAAUAUUUUCUUUGUUUUAACGACCAACAUACAACACCAUGGCGUCAAUAACUGUUAUGCUGAUGAUCAUACCAAUCAUCGCAAUUUCCAUUCUUACAGCACAAAUAACAAACGAAAUAGAUUUGUCAACGGCAACAAGUAUUACAGCCCCCCGAGAAUUAUUGUUUCGAUGCCCGUCACUGAGGGCCGCAGAAUAUGAAGUAACAGUAUUAAAUUCGGUUUCGGCGUUAAUUGCUGGUUGUGCAUACAUAACAUAUUCAUCGAGCAUAUUGAUACAGCAAUCAUAUCUGAUGUGGUUUGGCAGUAAAGAAGAAAAGGGGCAAGAUUGCUACAAUCCGAAUUUGGAGUAUUUUCGUUAUAACUGUUUAACAAAAGAUCUCGUCUUGAAUAAAGACACAAUCGAAGGACUGAUGUACUUAAGACUGUACGCAGACGAUUAUAACAAAACUGGUACACCGGAUUACAAAUGUGCAUUGUACGAGACAAUCAAUGGAAACCGCACUCAUUUCCGGUUUGCGAUUAGCCCGAACAAAACGUGCAAAGGAUUGAUUGACGUUCUUUACCCACCACGAGAUAUGUUGUUUUCUGAUUCCAACCCUGGGGCCGUGUUGUUAUCCUUCAAUAGCAAAAAUUUCGAUAACCUAGAUUAAGAAAGGUAUCGACGACAUGCCUUACCUUAAAAUAUUGAUGGUAAUGGUGGAAAUGGUUCAGUUACAAAUACAACAACAACUAACAUUACCAAAAAUUAAACUGUGUAUUGUAAAAAAAAAAAAAUAAGAAUGUUUAAUUCUGCCUAUUAAUAAUAUUUUUAUUUUUAUUUUUUUUUUCAUUUUCAGUAAUAUUAAAUUUUAAAUUUUCAAACCUUACUAAUGUUUUUAUUAUUAUGCAUUUUUUUUUUUUUAUAUUUCAACUUAUUAUUCAGUUUAAUAUAAGACUAUUAAUAUAAUUAAUUGUAAAAUCGAUUUAAUUAAUGUACAAUAAAAUUAUUGCGAUUACGCAUAA